UGAUCACCACCUACCUUGGGGACCCUAGCAUGAGGGCCCGGGACAGGGCCAAAGUGGUGGAGCACUGGAUCAAGGUGGCCAAGGAGUGCAGAGCCCUACGGAGCUUUUCCGCCCUGCACGCCAUCCUGUCCGCUCUGCAGAGCGUGUCCGUCCACCGUCUGAAGAAGACGUGGGGGAAAGUUUCCAGGAGGAGCUCGGCCACACUGAACACGCUGUGUAAGGAAGACAACUCCAGGGCCCGCGCGCAGCUCAGCGAGAAGCGGCCCUCCAGGUUUGCCACUCUGCUGCGGACCCUCCGGGGAACUCGGAAGAGGCCGCGCAAGAAGUGUGUUCCCUUCCUUGGAAAAUUUCUAACUGAACUGGAGAAGCUGGACACUACGUUGGAGGAUUACCUGGAGGGGAAUCAGAUCAACCUGGAGAAAAAGGAGAAGAGGCCCGCCCCAGAGAGCGUGGAGGAGCUGACGGAUGGGUUCACUAAUGCCAUCAACUGCUACAAGGGACAAGGGUACCAGGCCAGGAUCACCGUCCAGUGCCGGUCUGAGUGUGCUGCUGAGUUAACUCUUAACCUCCGUGAGGCCUGCAGGAUGCGUGCCCUCCAGGAAGGCACACUGGAGAAGAUGGUGGCGUCCAUGGUACCAGCUUUCCCACGUGGAAAAAUUCCCCACAUCUCCACCUUCAUGUCCAUCCACCCGGCCUUCUCCAGAGCCCAGCUGUUCCUGGACCAGCUGUUAACUAGGUGCUGCCCACCAUCCAUCAGAUCUGAUGCCAUCCAGGUGUUCUCUACAUCUGGAAAUAUGCAGCCAUAUAAUGACCAGGGUGACACACCGCAGGACCAAUUGAAAAAGGCCGUAGCUUCUGUGAUGGGAGCCUGGCCGGACCAGAUACAAUAUGUCGGCCAGCCCCUGCUUCUCCCCUGGUUCACCCUGAAGCAGGCCCUCGUGCAGGGCCACCUCCCUGCCUCACACCCGCUGGGCCACGUGCCCAGCCUCUGGGUGGAGCUGGAGCAUCUGGAGCCCACGGAGGCAGAGCUGGAAGCUGCUCCAGAGGCUCCCCCAGAGCCCCAGCGCGCUCCAGAGCCCGAGGAGGGACCUGCCCAGGGGCCCGUGCCCGGUCCCGCUGUGCCAGUGCUGGAGCCAGUGUCACCUCCCUCAGCCCCUGGGGGCCUGGGGCCAGCACCCGCCUCACCCUCCGCCCCAGGGCCGGCUCUCCAGCAGGAGCCUCCUGCACCACCAGCUCUGAUCCGAGUGCCAACAACAGAGCCAGCUCCAUGCCCAGCAGCGGACCACCCCCCGGCUGGGACCACUAAGCACCUGAUAAAGGAGGAGAAGCGUAACAUCCUGAGCUUCCCUCCAAGACUGGUGGCAGAGCAGCUGACAGUGAUGGACGCGGAGCUAUUCAAGAGGGUGCUGCCCCACCAGUGCCUGGGCUCCGUCUGGUCCCAGAAGGACAAGCCUGGCAAUGAACACCUGGCCUCCACUGUCUGGGCCACCAUCACGCAGUUCAGUGAUGUGUCCACCUGUGUGAUCACCACCUGCCUUGGGGACCCAAGCAUGAGGGCCCAGGACAGGGCCAAAGUGGUGGAGCACUGGAUCAAGGUGGCCAAGGAGUGCAGAGCCCUACGGAGCUUUUCCGCCCUGCACGCCAUCCUGUCCGCUCUGCAGAGCCUGUCCGUCCACCGUCUGAAGAAGACGUGGGGGAAAGUUUCCAGGAGGAGCUCGGCCACACUGAACACGCUGUGUAAGGAAGACAACUCCAGGGCCCGCGCGCAGCUCAGCGAGAAGCGGCCCUCCAGGUUUGCCACUCUGCUGCGGACCCUCCGGGGAACUCGGAAGAGGCCGCGCAAGAAGUGUGUUCCCUUCCUUGGAAAAUUUCUAACUGAACUGGAGAAGCUGGACACUACGUUGGAGGAUUACCUGGAGGGGAAUCAGAUCAACCUGGAGAAAAAGGAGAAGGAACAGAGAGUCAUGGAGAAGAUAGUGCUGCUGCAGGAAGCUGCCAACCAGUAUCAAAUAGAGCCCGAGGAGCAAUUCAGGGCCUGGUUCUGGGCCCUGGAGCGGCUCAGCGAGACAAAGAGUUACAUCCUGUCCUGCCAGCUGGAGCCCGGGUCCUAGUUGGCCUGCAGAGCACUCCAGGCCAAGAACUGCUUUGAAGGAUCUGAAGUUUAUUCUGAGACUAAAGAAAGUCAUUGAAUGAUUGACAGCAGAGGAGGAAUGAUUCUUAAAAUGAUCUCACUUUCAUGGAUUUGCCCUCAUGGAGA